AUGGCUUCAAACACGAUUGAAAACAAUGUCUACGGCAUAAACAUCGUUCGGGGAACAUUGGACGCUGUUCCGUCAGUCCUCGCCCUUCUAGAUGCUGCAGUCGAAUGGCUGGUAUCACGCGACAGGGCUGGGCAAUGGGGAACAUCACCAUUUUCUGAGAAUCCAAAACGCGAAGAACAAGUCAGGGAAUUUGUCACAGCGGGUCAUGGUCUCUGGCUCGCUGUCGAGGUUCCCAAUGACACGUCCAUUGUGGGCGACACUCAACUCUCCCAAGUUAUGAAGGGAGAAGUUUUAGGGGUAAUUGUAGGUGCACUUGCCCUUGGGGAGAGGUCGCCUUAUGUGCCACCUGUCUCUGAGCCUGAACUCUACGUGCGACUGCUAGUCACCGAUCGCCGAUGUGCUGGGAAGCAUAUUGGCAAACGGCUUUUGGAUCACGCGUAUGAUCUUGCCAGAAAGGAGGGAGUCUCAUUGCUACGGGUAGAUUGCUAUGCAGGUGGUGAUGGUAAAUUAAUCCAGUACUAUGAGUCUCAAGGGUUUGAUCGAGUUGAAAUUUUGAACGGGGAAGGUGACUGGCCUUGCCAGGUGCUUGCUCAACGGUUAGACGACAUGAAAAGAGAAGAGAGUUGUUGA